UGACCGCCAGGAGCGGGGCUUUGGGUGAUUGACGGACCGGAGCCUAGGUAGCGGCUUGACAGUGGGACGGGUGGUGCCUGGCAGUGAUUGACAGCCUGGCUGCGGGGCGUUGGUGACGUUCGACCGGCCCCGGGGGGGUCGGGAAGGGCCAAUGGGUGAUUGACAGACCGGGACGGCCGGCUGCGCGCGCAGCUGCCAGCGUGGAGACGGGGGCUGAUGGCGGAAGUGGGAGUUUGGCACCGGGGCUGACAACAGGACAUCGAGUGUGAGAGGCCGAACCAGUGUCCUGGGUUAUCCGAUCAAUUCUUUACAAAGGAGACACUAAAACGAAGUGCAUAUCGAGAUGGAAAUGCCCUUGGAGAAGAUGGUAGACCCUACUUUAGCUGAGAUGGGGAGGAACCUCAAUGAGGCUAUGAGGAUGUUGGAGGACUCUCGAAGGGAAGCAGAGGAAGAGAGAGAGAAGAAGAAAUAUGCCAGAAAAGAUAUUCCUGGCCCAUUGCAGGGCAGUGGACAGAACAUGACAGCUAUUCUUCAACUUGUACAGAACCUUAUGCACGGAGAGGAUGAGGAGGAAUUGCAGUCCCAUCGCAGAUUACAGAACGUAGGAGAGCAGGGUCAUAUGUCCUUGUUGGGUCACAGUUUGGCAGCGUAUAUCUCUGUGCUGGACAAAGAAAGAUUGCGAAAGCUGACUACGAGGAUUUUGUCAGAUACCACACUUUGGUUGUGCAGACUCUUCAGAUAUGAAAACGGUUCUGCAUAUUAUCAUGAAGAUGAUCGGGAAGGUCUCCUGAAAGUGUGCAAACUCAUUAUCCACUCAAACUAUGAAGACUACGCAAUAGAAGGUUUUAAUGUCCUGCAUAACAAGUCCCCUGUGCUCUAUGUUAGUGCUGCCUGUAGAACAGGCCUGGGCCAGUAUAUCUGUAACCAGCUUGGUCUUCCCAUCUCCUGUAUGUGCAGUGUGCCUUGUAACACUAUGUUCGGAUCUCAACAUCAAAUGGAUGUAGCCCUACUAGAAAGGCUUAUUAAAGAUGAUAUGGAAUGUGGGAAACUUCCUGUGUUACUUGUCGCAAAUGCAGGCACACCAGGCGCAGGACACACAGAUAAACUUGCCCGGUUGAAGGAACUCUGCAAUCAGUACAAGAUGUGGUUACAUGUAGAAGGUGUUAAUUUGGCCAUGUUGACACUUGGUUAUGUUUCCUCAUCUGUACUGGCUGCAACUAAAUGUGACAGCAUGACCUUGACUUUAGGACCUUGGUUAGGUCUUCCAGCUGUUCCUGCAGUGACACUAUACAGACAUGAGGAUCCUUCACUCUCUCUAGCUGCGGGCCUCACCACAAGUCAACCAGUUGAGAAACUUCGAGCUUUGCCCCUCUGGCUCUCUCUGCAAUAUCUGGGACACGAUGGGAUAGUGAACAGGAUCAAGUAUGCUUCUCAACUAAGCCAAAGAUUGCUGGAAAAUUUAAGAAAACUAAGUUCUAUCAGAACAGCGGAGGUAAUCACCAAACCCAAGGAGCUGACAUUCACUGGGAAAUCUGUAGGCAAUAUCUUGGGGAAUAUUCUUUUGGCAAUUGUUGAAGAUGAAUUUAACUCUCCAGUGGUAGUGUUCAGAUUCAUCCGGGAGCACCUCAAAUCAGCUCUAGAUGGAGCUCAGUACCAAACUGCUACAGUUCAGGAAUCCACAAAGGACAGUAAUGAGAGAGAAAUUGAUGAUGCCCUGAAUCGCUGGUUAGGAGAACAGCUAGGCCAGUUGGUUCCAACCAGUGGGGUGGAUGUUGUAGAAUUGGAAGAUGAGGGAGUGUGUAUACGAUUUAGUCCAUUGAUGACAGCAGCAGUCCUGAACACCACGCCAGAACAUGUGGACCAAUUGGCUGAGUGUCUGAAAGCAAAGAUUCCCAUUCUCAUUAGCACCUUACAGCUUCGAGAAGAGUUUAAACAGGAAGCUUACCGGACUGCUGGCCUGACAUAUAUCGAAGAUCUCAGCUGGCCUGGAUUAGGUGCUGUACGGUAUGAACCUAACAGUGAAGAACCUGAUCCAGAAAAGCAACUCCUAGCAAUGGAAAAAAUAACUAACGGAUUGCUAAAGAAAUUGAAGGAACUUGACUCCGACCUGAUAUUCUCAACAGGGCCUGAGUUUGAAGGUGAGAAGAAUUGCAUAUAUGUUGGUAUGGUAACUGAUAACUUGGAUGUACCAGAACUAGUGGAAACAAUUGCAGCCAUGGGCAAAGAAAUUGAGGAAAGUUCAAAGUUAUUGGAGAACAUGACUGAAGUAGUACGGAAAGGCAUUAUUGAAGCAGAGCAACAGUUACAGAAAGCAAAUGAAGCUAAACUCCUUGAAGAGGGACUUCUACGACAGAUUCCUGUAGUUGGCUCAGUACUUAAUUGGUUGUCCCCAGUCCACAGCUCAGUUCAAGGCAGAUCAUUCAAUUUGGCAGGAGGUUCUCUCGAAUCAACAGAUAAACUUUAUACACUAAAAGCCCAAACCUCUGAAGGAACCCCACCCUCAACACCCACAAUUAUUCACACCAAACACAAGUCACCAGAACUGAGAAUCACUAUAGCCCUAGAGGAUCGGAAGACAUAGGAGGAGAUGGAAGCCAUUCAGUCCAGCAAAUCAACUGUCCUACUCAAUGAGAUCAUUGACCUGACAAUCUUCAACUUCACUUUCUUGCUUUUUCCCCCAAUCACCCAUCAUUCCCUUAAUGAUUAAAGAUCCAUCUCAGUCUUGAAUAUACUAAUGACACUGGAUUAAAGAUUUCCUCAGGUUUACUGCCCUCAGAAAAAAUUUUACCUCAUUGUUUUAAACAGGACAUCCCUUACACUGAGAUUAUGCCCUGUGGUGUUAGGCUUCCCAUGUGGGCAAACUACCUCAUUAGAUCUACCCUGUUAGCAUUGUCAAAUCCCAACCCCAAACCAAACAAGAAUUGUAUAUGUUUCAGUAAGGUUUCCUCUCAUUCAUCUAAACUCCAAUAAGUACAGGCCGAGCCAAUUCAACUUCUCCUCUUAGGAAAAUCUUUCAUGUCUAGGAUCAACAUGGUGAACCUUCUCUGGAUAGCCUCCAAUGUUAGCAUGUCCUGGAUAAACAGGACCAGCUGUUCACAGUAUUCUAGAUGUAGUCUAGCUAGUGCGUUGUACAGUUUUAACAGGACAUCCCUAUUUUAAUAUUCCGUUUCUUUUGAAAUAAAUCCCAACAUUCUAUUUGUUUUCACUAUUACCUGCUGAACCUGGAUGACAACGUUUUGUGAUUUAUGCACAAGGAUCCCCAAAUCUCUGUGCUUUGCUACUUUACCCAUUUAAACAAUCUGCAGCGCCUGUCAAAGUGCAUAACCUCACAUUUUCCCACAUUAUCUUCCUCUAGUCUAAGGCUUUCCACAAUCCUAUUUAGCACGUCACCAAUUUUCAUGUCAUCAGCAAACUUACAGUUCAAAGUAUCUAUAUUCAUGUCUAGAUCUUUAAUGUAAACCACAAAUAGCAAGGUACCCAGUACCAAACCCUACUGUAUACCAUCAGACAUGUUUCUAGCCAUAAAAACAAUCUUCAACCAUCACUUGCUGCCUUCCAUCACUAAGCCAAUUUAGGAUCCAAUUUGAUGGAAAAAUUACAGCUCAAUUAGCCUAACCUCGGUCAUGGGUAAGAUUUUGGAGUCCAUUGUAAAAUGAGAUUUCUGAAUAUUUCGAAGUGUAUGGUAAAGUAGGGCAAAGUCAGCAUGGUUUCAUCAAGAGGUCAUGCCUGACAAAUCUGCUAGAAUUCUUUGAGGAAGUAAUGAGCAGGAUAGACCAAAGAGAGCCAAUGGAUGUUAUCUACCUGGACUUCAAGAAGACCUUUGACAAGAUGCCACACAGAAGGCUGCUGAGUAAGAUAAGGGCCCAUGGUGUUAGAGGCAAGGUGCUGGCAUGGAUAGAAAAUUGGAUGUCUGGCAGAAAGCAAAGAGCGGGGAUAAAAGGGUCUUUCUCAGGACGGCAGCCAGUGACAAGUGGCGUUCUGCAAGGGUCAGCGUUGGGACCACAACUUUUCACUUUAUACAUUAACAAUCUAAAUGAAGGAACUGUGGGCAUUCUGGCUAAGUUUGCAGACGAUACAAAGUGGAGGGACAGGUAGUAUUGAGGAGGUGGGGAGGCUGCAGAAGGAUUUGGAUAGGCUCGGACAGUGGGCAAAGAAGUGGCAGAUGGAAUACAACGUGGGAACGUGUGUGUUCGUGACUUUGGUAAGAAGAAUAAAAGCUUGGACUAUUUUCUAAAGGGAGAGAAAAUUCAGAAGUCUGAAGUGCAAAGAGACUUGGGAGUUCAAGUCCAGGAUUCUCUCAAGGUAAACUUGUAGGAUGAGUCAGUAGUCAGGAAGACAAAUGCAAUAUUGGCAUUUAUUUUGAGAGGACUUGAAUAUAAAAGCAGGGAUGUACUACUGAAGCUUUAUAAGGCUCUUGUCAGGCCACAUUUGGAGUAUUGUGUGCAGUUUUGGGUCACAUAUCUCAAGGGGGUACUAGCCCUGGAGCGGGUUCAAAGGAGAUUCACGAGAUUGGUCCCAGGAUUGGAAAGCUUAACAUAUGAGGAACGUUUGAGGACUCUGGGUCUAUACUCAUCUUCCUAUACAGAGGUAUGUGGAAACUGUUUUAAACUUCCUGCCUGAAUAGGAUCGGGUGGGAAACAUAGAACAUACAACAUUACAGCACAGUACAGGCCCUUCGGCCCUCGAUGUUGUGCCAACCUGUCAUACCGAUCUCAAGCCCAUCUAACCUACACUAUUCCAUGUACGUCCAUAUGCUUGUCCAAUGACGACUUAAAUGUACCUAAAGUUGGCAAAUCUACUACCGUUGCAGGCAAAGCGUUCCAUACCCUUACUACUCUGAGUAAAGAAACUACCUCUGACAUCUGUCCUGGAUCUUUCACCCCUCAAUUUUAAGCUAUGCCCCCUAAUGCUCACCGUCACCAUCCUAGGGAAAAAGGCUCUCCCUAUCCACCCUAUCUAACCCUCUGAUUAUUUUAUAUGUUUCAAUUAAGUUUGUAAAGGUGUGAGACUUCUAUAAUCCUGUAAAGGGGUGACACUCUUAUAAAGGUAUAAACCUUCUGUUUUUAUUGAAGUGGCCAGGUCAGUGACCUUUGUUCAAGUCAGACACUUCGGCAGCUUGAAAUCACAUCCUGUCACUUUGGCAACUUGAAAUUGCAUCCUGUCGUUAUCAGUUACUUCACAAACAAUCAAUGCUGUAUCCUGCUGUCCUUAUGUUCCAAGUAAUUGUUUUAUAUAUCAGCUAAUUCGUAGAGUAUAAAAAGCGGGGACUGUCCGCUGUUCG